AUGGCUGCGGUCUCUGCGUUCCUCCAGCCUGGUGCUCCCAGACCCUACCCUGCUCACUACAUGGACACUGCCAUCCAGACGUACAAAGACACAUGCAGGAACAUGGUGCUGGCCGAGCGCUGUACUCUGCUCAGUGUGGAGAUCCUAAAGAGCCAGGGCAAGUACGCAGAGGCGGCCACACUGCUCAUUAAGAUGACCAGUGAGGACUCAGAUCUGCGCAGUGCUUUGCUGCUGGAGCAGGCGGCACACUGCUUUGUCAACAUGCGGACCCCCAUGGUGCGAAAGUUUGCCUUCCACAUGAUCCUGGCCGGGCACCGCUUCAGUAAGGCUGGGCAGAGGAGGCACGCCCUGCGCUGUUACUGCCACGCCAUGCAGGUGUACCAGGGUCGUGGCUGGUCUCUGGCCGAGGACCACAUCAACUUCACCAUUGGACGGCAGUCGUUCACACUGCAGCAGGCGGACCGAGCAGUGGAGGCCUUCCGAGUGAUUCUGGAGAAGGAGAGCCAACAGACUGCCUCCCAGCAGGGAGCCUUUCUCCGGGAGUACCUUUACGUCUUCAAGCAGAGUGAGAUGGGGGGGACGGAGACCCUCUCAGACCUGCCUCUGCCCUGCAUCCAAAGUUCUGCCACCCGGGUGUACUUUGGCCCUGAGCGUCGCCCUGCAGAAGGUGAGAAGCAGGCAGCUACACACGUGUCUCUGGAUCAGGAGUAUGACAAGGACAAUGCCACCAUGUGGUGUCAGCUGGAACUGCAGCUGGUGUCUGCUGCCAACCGUGGGCCGGCUCCUGCUGCCUUUCAACCCACUCAGUACUGUCUACACAGCCAGACAGACAACCUGCGGCACCCCCUGGCUGUGCUGCAAGAACCCAUGAUUGUGGAGGUAGUCCUGAAGAACCCCCUGAAAGUGGCACUGUCUCUGUCGGAGCUCACACUGCUCUGGAGGUUCACAGAUGCAGACUCCACAGAGAUCUCCAAUGAGGAUGCUCCUGCAGCUCUGGCGAAGGAGGUGAUUACAAAUGAGGUGAUCGCAGACUUCCCUUUGGGCCCGGAGGAGACCAAAGUGGCUCGACUGAAGCUGGUUCCACACAGGACGGGGCAGCUCAGUGUGACCGGGCUGGCAUACAGUCUGUCUGCAGCUGGGGACUCUGCUGAAGGGGACAUGCUACUGGUGCGUGGGAAGCAGGAGCUGAAGAUCCAGGGCCCACGUCUGAACCAGAGCAAAGAGGACAAGAUGUCAGUGCACCAUGGGCGAGAUGAGCGCCUUCACCCAAUCAUCACAGCACCCAUGCCUUUGCUAGAGGUGUUUUUCCUACAGUUCCCUUCCGCUCUGCUCUGUGGAGAGAUUCGGAAGGCCUACAUAGAGUUCUGUAACAUGAGCUCUGUGGGGCUGUGUGGGCUCAGAGUGGUGUCAACUCACCCCAACUUCUUCACCUUCGGCUCUGCCAGCACCAGCAGUGAGCCGUUGACCCCGCUGACCCCUGGCUCGGCCUAUAAGACUGUGAGCGGGCAGGCCCAACAGCCACAUGUCCUGGUGGCUCCUCAGGACUUCCUGCAGCCCUCUGCAGUCAUCACUAUCCCCAUAGAGGGAGGCAUGCUCAGACCAGGACAGUCCAUGCAGCUGCCUCUGUGGCUUCGGGGCCCAGAUAAAGAAGGAGUGCAUGAAAUCAACUUCCUGUUCUACUACGAGAGCACAGAGAAGGGCGGCAAAGUGAGCCACAGGGUGCUGCGUCACACAGUCUUCAUCUGCUCCAGCCGCUCCCUCAGUGUCAGUGCCUCAGCCUGCCACAGCCUGGGCCCCGCCCACAUUUCUACCCACUCUGACCAGUCUGACCCCCACCAGCCUGAGCUCAGUGGAGCCAGUGGGACACUGGUGUUUGUGGAUGUGGAAAACAUCAACCAGAGUGAGGCUGGGGUCCGGGAGUUCCACAUCGUCCAGGUGUCGAGCUGUGGUCAGCGCUGGUGCUUACAGUCCUGCAUCAACCCCUCCCAACACAAAGAGUGCUGUCUCAGCAGCAGGGAGAGGGCAAAGCUGUGCUUCAGGGCAAAGCAGUGCAGACCUCCUCCUGAUGCAGCAGAGAAAUACACAUUUGCGGAUGUGAACCUGUCCAGUCAGAGGGUGGUCAGCUCGGCCACACCCUGUGGAGACUUCUUCUUCCGCUGCUGCGAUACUCAGAUGCAGAACCCCAGAGAACAUUCUCCCUCGGAGCUGGAUUUCCACAUAAUUGUCUUCUGGAAGGCCUCUGUGGUGGAGGACAACAAGCAGCUGAUCCUGGAGGGACAGCUUCACGUUGCCUUGCACGAUGUGGGCCACAAGUCCCCGGAGCCACACAAUCUGGACACUGCGGAUAUGAUACUGCUUAAGUUUCGCUCAGAGCCGGUCCCUCCUCCUGUGGCCCCUAAACUGGACUUCAGUGAGCUCGUUCGAACCAACCUAAGCUAUCCCCAGAGCCACAGCCAUGCCUUCAGCAGCAGCAGCCUUUGCACCGUGUGCGUGUGUCUGACCCUCACCAAUGUGUCUGUGGACCCCGCCCAGGUCAGCGUGGAGCUGCAGCACACCACUGCUGGAGAGUCUCUGGAGCCUUGCAGCCUGUUCUCGUGGGUGGGGAAGAGCGUUUACCGUGCCGUGCUGAGCCCAGAGCAGGAGCUGCGGCUGCCCCUACGCGCCUGCUUCUACAGCGCUGGUGUGUACGACCUGAGCCGCUGCAGGGUCCUGGUCCGGCCCACCCUGUCAGACGCCCCCCCAGAGAGCGUACGCGGCUAUGGCCCUGCGCUCAUCGUGAUCAACAACGCUUGA